UUUUUUGAACCGACGAAAAAAAAAAAAGUACUGCCAGCACUGGGGAACGAACCAAGGACCUUGGACUGUUCAAAAGUUUACCCUGAAGGAGCUUCAUUUGAUCCAUGCAUAAUGUUGGAUUCCAUCCUUCUCGGUCUACGUGAUGAAAUUGCCAUUGACGGUGAACAAGGUACUCAGUUGAGUACGAUCUGGCAAUACUUUAGGCAGAUCCAAAUGGAUAAGGCCAAAGAUCUGACGGGGACCGCCGUCGAACCAGUUAUGGAUUUGGCUUACAAAGCUUUUGUGUGGAAGUUUCUCAGAACAUUGGAAGGGUUGACGUUUGUCGAAGAAAAUGCCGCAGAGAACGGCGCUAAAGAGCCAAGCAAAAAGAAGAAAACCGCCGACAAACAAAAGAAGCAGGUCAAGAGAGAUCCAGACGACGAUGAAGACGAAGACGAAUACAUGCCGGACGAAGUCGACGAUGAAUCUGAAGAGGAGGACGACGAUGACGACGUUCCAAAACUGAAAGCUCAACCGGUGGUGGGUAUCGCAGAAAUGGAUUAUGCGAAUGUCGAAGCGCAGUAUGGAGACCGUUUACGAGCGGUCGCCGAUUCACAGCUCCAAAACGAGCAAUUAUAUAUCGGUGCUCCACCUGGUCAAAUCGUCUCAAUCAAUCUUAUGAUCGUCCUGAAAACGAUUCUGCAAGCACGAUCGAACGGCGUGCCACAAAGCGAACUCACCAAAAUCCUCAACCUGGAUGCUCGUUCCACCGGCCACUAUGUCAAAUCUUUGGAAGACUCUGGAUUCAUUAUACGAACCACUGUGACUUAUGCUGGAACCCAUACAAACCUGUGUGUGCAUAUAAGAUACGGGCGCAGUGCUCCAGAGACUUUCAACGGUGAGGAAAUUGUUAAACCAAAUUUUAUCAACACCCUGGGCGAGGCAUUUUACAUGGAGGACGUGAAGCGUCAAAUGCAUGCAUUGCUGGUGAAUGCUCACAAUAACAUCAUGACCAGAAGUGACAUCCUAACUGCCAUGGGUUUCGAUCCUCAGGCGAAAGGGACCAAGAAGUGGUUCCAACGAUGCUGCGAUACACUGAUUGCACGCGGGUUUAUCAAAAAAUUCAUCACGCAUGUGGGCACAAGAGUGCACCGUUGCUAUCAACUCGUUGAUUUCACUCAAGUACCGAAAACAGGAGAAAAGCAGAAACCCCUUAAUGCUGACCACAUGGCGCGUCCGUUUGUUUUACAGUCGACAUUAAAAAUGGAAUCUGCAGGCAAAUUGCUGCGAGAUGUACCAAACGAAUACCAAAUUUUGCAACUGUUGCGCACAGUCGAUGUCCAAGGUACAACACAAAAGGAUAUCGAGCGUCUGUUAAAUAUUGGGGAAUCGAGAAUUGUGUACAAAAUGCUUGAAAGGAUCAUUUCAAUGUCAGGGCCAACUUCGCAAGAUCACGCUGUUUGUCGUGCCCUUGAAUUCGAAGGUCGUCUCAAACGAUAUCGCUACUACACUUACCCGGCCUACAUGAAGGCGGUGGAACAUACCGAUGUUGCGGUGUCUGAUAACCCACCAACAUUUUUGUUCAACGAAAAAGAUUUGAAACUGGUCGAUAAAAGCAAACGGGUACUUCCAACUAGAAACAAUACGGGGAAAAGGCUCGGUCGACCUCCCAAAUCGGACAAGUCUGGCAAAGCCGGCCCCAAUAGCCCGAAAAAAGGGCCCGGUCGACCUGGCAAAUCAGCUAAAUUGCCCCAAGCCGCGUCUUCCACCGUCCCAACUCCUUCACUACCCAAUGCCACCGAUGAUACCACGUCGACGCCUAAUCAACCCUCGUCCCAACCGGAAACUCAACCCGACGCCACCCACGCCACAUCUCAACCACCCGCAUCUUCUGGCACCACUUCCAUGCCAGUGGACUCUCCAGCGCCAGAAUUAUCGACCGCCGCCAAAAAGUCUUCUCGGAAAGGAAAAGCACCCUCGAAACUAGCACCCAUAUUCACAAGACAACGUAAAGCUGCUGCUGCUGCCGCCGCCGCCGCUGCCGCUGAGGGCGAAGCAUCUGUGAGCGACGUUGAAACCGCUGAACCGCCAUCCCAGGCGACUUCACCUUUGAACGAUCAUGUUGUGGAAUCUUCCAUCAGCCAAGCGUCUAAAGGGGUCGCAGCGAGGAAGCUUCCCACGCGUUCUUCCAAACGUAAAGCCAACGAGCAAAUGGCAAAACUAUCGCAAUUACCUGCUGCGAUUGCGCCUCGGCCAACAGACGAGGACGAGGUUCCUGCACCUACGGAGCCGCCGUCAUCCUAUCAGGUGGAUGACCGACCAGUCAAGAAAAAGCGCGUGUCAGAUUACUUUGUAAGGUUUGCAAAACCCAAAGGAGUUCACGUCCAAAUCUCGCCCAAGCUUGCGUUUACGCCGCUUCCCGGGAACGACGCUUCCAAUGUAACUCAAACAGUACCCGAGUCUCCCGUCCAACAGAACGAGCCACAGGAAGAGGAAGAGGAGGAGGUGCAGGAUAUGACAAUGGAUGAAGUUGGUCAGGAUGCCUCGGCGUCGGGCGUACCGCAAAAGAGAAGGAAAAAGGCUGCUGCGUCCAUCUCCCCGCUUCAGAAACGGUUGAAGCCCGAGAAAAAGCUUACUACGACCACCAUGAUGAACAUUUCGCAUUCACGGCAUAAGCGCACGCAUUUGCAAAAGAACUUGUACCUGGAACAGCGAAAUAAGACGGUGCUGAAAAUGCUGGAGGACAAGCCCGUGAUGGAGUUCAAUCGUGUCUUUCACCUCGCCUUUGAAAAGAAACGACAGGAACUGUUUGGCGGUUCGGCGCAAACGUCGCAGAUAUGUGGGAAAACGAUUCGCCGUAGCUGCCAGCAGUUGGCCGAUGAAGGCCUGUUGAAAUUUGAACCGAUUCGAUACACGCUGCUGAACGGUAGCCAGCAGGAGCGAUGGCUGGUAUUUCGCCCUGAGCUGGACAUGACGAGUACCGAAGUGCAAGAAUACAGCGAAUACAUCAAAGACUACAAGAUGAUGGUGACGCCUGCCUACAAGAUGGCCACUAUUACCGAAAUCGAAGCGCCGGAAAGUCUCGAGGCGCGCUUGGGACGCAUGGAAGCGGAACUUGAUGUGUUGGUGAAAGAGCGGCGCAUGUCGGCGGCGGAACGACUGGAAAAGCAGAUCAAUGAAAUCAAGCAUAACCAAGCGCACGUCGAAGCCGUGUCGGAAGAAGCGCCGGUCCAAAGACCGGGCAACUGGCUGCUUACGGCGAUGCAGUUUGGUUACAUCAAUUCGCGUAUUAUUCGAGCCAAGCUGGUGUACCAGUAUAUGUUUGGAUUACUUGGCAGACCCGACGUAGAAGGGGUCAACAAGGAAGAACGGACGAUCAAUUCGGCCACCAUGAUUUAUGAAAUGCCCAUCUCGUUAUUCUGCCAGGCCAUCGGUAUUCAGCAAGUGAACCAAGUAUUGUGUCAGUUCCUGGAGGAUCCGGGAUCGCUUGACUUGACGGUGCGCGAAGUUCCCGAGGAAGUGCAACCGCAUCUGUUUGCACAGGGGACACGGUUUCGAAGACGGUUGCGGGUGAUCAUGGAUUUGUUGACAAGAUUAGGGUUGGUUACCACGGCGAAGAAAGUGUUGACCACCAUGUCGGCUGGCAGUAUCCCCGGCGAAUAUCGUUUGGAAAGACAUGUAACGAUGAAAGAUCACCGGCAACCCGGGAUUCCUGUUGUGGGCGAAUACACGUUGGACGACGCUCAAAUGGUGCUCCUCUAUUGGAGUGAUCUCCAAUUCUUGUGUACGAAUACGGAUGCCAUAGGUGAAGAGCUUUAUUUCGAGAAGGGUGAUGAAGAAGAAGCCAUCGAUAUUCGAUCGCUGUACACGGCGAGAAACUGGAGUACGAUGUAUGUGUUUAGCAAAGAACAGCGAAAGAUGCUGAACAGUUUGAUUGAUCGCAAGGAGAAAACCACUCCUUACCGGGAAAUCGAUCGGUGCCGAGAAAUUUCCGAGUCCUUGGGACUUCCCAUCCUCGCGGUGCGUGGCUACUAUAAGAAGGUGGAAGAAGCGUAUGAACGUAAACGUGAUCGCAAGACCAUUCAACGCAUCGAAGGUGCAACCUUCAUCAGACGACGCAAGCGUCGAUCCAAUCUGUACGAAGAUCCCACGAACCGAGUCAUUACACUUACCACAGCCCUCCCAUUCAAAAAGAAGCGAGGCAUCCGGUGGAACCAGCAUGAACCCUUCUCCGCGGUCAAUCCCCCUAGUGACAAUAAUCAUUUAUUCAUGGAUAAUCAAAAAAUGCUGCCGGCCAUGUCUGAACACGAGUUGCAAAAGAGUUUGAAUGGCCGCGUCGUUCGUCGUCAAAAAUGGAAUUCCGAGGAAGAUGAGCUGUUGUUGUAUUCGCAUGCCAUUUUACGUUUACGUGCGCAGUGGAGCCGAUUCUAUUGGGGGGCUAUUUUGCAAGUGCUGCCGGAUCGUAAGCCAAAUGUUGUUCGUAAUCGAUAUCGCACUUUGCGUCAGAUUCCCAGCCAACUGGAAAAGAUGUACAAACUUGACGAGAAGUGGAAGCGGUACCAUGAAGAAGGCAUCGCGAGUGGUGCGAUUGACGACGGUGACAGAACAGACAUGGUCAAUUUCGAUAUCCUUAGUCACUUGGCGUACUUUCUUGAAAGAGCGCGAGACGACACUACCAGUGAUGAUCCUGCGGGCGCGAUUGUGUUGCCAAAUUCUGUGGAAGCGGUGGGCAAAGUAUACCGUGUCCUGGACAAUGCAUAUACAGGGGAACCACGCAUGGACGACGAAUAUCACAAAGCGCUUAGCCUGGCAUCGAAACAACAAUUAUUCAGCAGCACCAUGAUUACACUAGGCAUGAGUGGUCCCAAGUCUGAAGAAAACACGUCUUCUUUAGUGGAUGUCACGAAGGAGGAUCGUAUAAAAGAAUUGCUCAUGAUUCUAUUCAAGAUGAUUCUAUUGACGCCUGCAGAAGUGUAUGAUCCAUUUUAUACAUUUGGUAUUAUGGAACAAUAUCCGCCUACAGUACUCCAAGCGACAGUGAGCGAAGCUCGAACCCGGGGAUUAUUGACGAAAGCUCACGGCGCACGAUCCAUGGACCGACGUUUACCGGGUACAACUUGGGGCAUUUCGAACCACUUUUUAGCGCACAUGGCACCGCAAUGGCCACCCAAUAUGGUGGCACAAGCCAAAGAAUAUGAAAAACAUCUAACUGAAGCUAACACUUCGCACAUCUCGUCCCUCGCCAUCAGCAGCGGAAUUAUGGCAUGUGUAUUGAACCUCAUGGCCGAAGACAAGGCAACUGUUUCCAUUGAAAACCGCGCUGUGGAACUCGCCAAGCAUCGAGUCCCUUAUCAUCGGCGUCGAACGAUUGAUCGUCAAUUACUGCAGUUUUCGAUGAAGGUGCAUUUGGACGAACCACGACAAUACACUGCUCCAGUGUUAAACACGGUUGCGGAUACAUUGACACCGCUAAACUUUGAGCGAUUCGAAGAAAUAGCGACGGGUCUUUUGCAGCUCCACACGGAGGAAAAACCAUGGCUGGAGACCAUUCUUCGGUUGUUCAGAACGGCGGGCGAGGAUGGAUUAACCUUGGUAGAAUUAAAGGAAAAAUUUGUUGCUGUGCAUGAUGUUGAAGACCGUGUCAUGCUUCGUUGUCUUGAUAUACUUCGCAAGACCACUCCACCGUUGGUGGCGGAUGUGGGUUACCGAGUGCAGAGACUGGUGUUGACGACCUAUCUUGAAAAAUGGCUGAUUGUGCCUUGCAAAAUCCCGGUGCCGCGAGCCGUACGAACUCACAAUACCGAGAACACCAGAGAAUUUGGCCAUCUGCGAAAAACAGUGGUGGUGCCACGAUUAUGGAAUGAUGUGAAUGGCAAUCGCAUUCCUGUGAUUGCGUUUGGUUGUUUCGAAGCCAUGUUGGGUUCCGUUGCGGAACGGCCGGGCAUUAAUCUGAGUCAGUUAUGUCGGCUUUACAAGGAUGCCUUGGCCCGCAUCGAAAUUCAAGAUUUGCUGGUCGAACUUGAAGCGUGUGGUGCGGUGCGAUCUCUCACCAUUCAGGUUCAACGCCCCCAAAAGAAGAAGAAUAACUUGUUCUCUGGUCUGACCCAGUUCUCGAUCCUCGAAAAGGACACGAUUGCUGAAGAGACCGAAACCUGUUACUGGGUUCUCCCUGGUUACUAUAGCAAACUGCCUGUCUCAUAAUCACUGCAGCCACAUGCAUCCGCAUGCAUCCGUCGGAUGGAGCGGAUCUGCUUUUUAUUUCUUAAUACAUCCAUGGCAGCCAUCGUGUACAUAAAGGAUCUUUAACAUGUUUGCAACAAAAUCAGAGAAAGGAACC